CAGUAGAGUACCUAUAUUAACCGAAUUAAUAAUUCUUAAGUUUGUGUGAAAUGUUAAUUGUAAACCUUUUUCCCAAAGUAAAUUUGAAAAAUACUGCGUUAUUGGAUUAACAUCCAAGUUUAGCCAAAAAUUGGUGCUCUGCUAUUGAGUUUAUUUAUAGUUCACUAGUACUGUUUUUCAAUACAAAUUAUGAAUAUAAUUUUGUACUAGUUAAAACACUAGACAUAACUUGAGUAUGAUAUUUAAAUCUAUAUUAUUAUAUCAAGCGUUUUUAAUUAUUAUUAUUGUAAUUUUAAUUAUAAAUUAAGUUGAACAAAACAAAUAUUUUUACACGCACAUUAUCAUCAUACAAAACGUAUGAUAUUUUUGAAUUCAAACAUGUUAUAAUAUAUCAUAAACAUUUAUUGUAAUAUUGAUAAAAAAUGUAUACUUAUUCAAUGUUUUUGUGGCCUUAUAAUAUAUUUCAUGUAAUUUCUUCAAGGUAAUUUGUACGAAAUUAAACACUAUUUCUUAUUGAUUAAAAAAAAAAAAAAAAAAUGUUUUCAUACUUAAAAAUUAUGUAUAUUAUAACUAACUCGGGGAAACCGAAAGGGGUAAGUGAAGACAUCCGUGGGUGUCGGUAUUCAAGGAUGGAAGAGCCAAGGACAAUUCACUCCACUAACCAAAAGUUUUCAAGCAAUAAUAUGUAAUAAACAUAUAUUAUUAAUAUUAUAAAAUACGCAUAACCAUUGCCUUGGUGGCAAGGUGUUUGUAUGCCAACAAAAUUCAUGUUUACAGUCCAGCAAGAAUAUACAGUCGGAGGAGGUUGGAGUACCGUUAUUCUUUGCUACUGGAUGAACAAGGAACAUGCAAUCAGAAAAUACAACACUACCACUAACACAGCUACCGUUGCUUGACUUCCCAAAUCUGGGGUUCAGAUUUAAAUGGACAAGGGGUACAUGUAACGAAUGUCGUCAUCGACAUCGUACAUUACUCCCUACGUUGAGCACGGCUAAUAUGCUGAGUGUUAGCAAUGGCAAGUGUGUAUAUAUAAUGUAUGAAAUAUAUAUAUUUCUGACGCGAUGUUUAGCUUGCAUCGUGUUAAUAUACGACCGGGACACCUGACAGAAAGGAGUAAAAUAGAACAGUCGAGAGUCGUAAGUGAACAGUCAACAGUCGAGAGUCAAUAGUCAUAAUCGAUGGAGGAGUCUAUGGUCGGCAAUCAAUAAUCAGAGUGGAUGGUCGAUAGUGGAACUCGAUGGUUGAUAACGACCUGAAGAGGACCUACAGAAGACCAGCUCAACCCACAUUUGGACAUCGGCACCCACGACACACCAUGGCCCGAUCAGUAACCCUGAGUUAUAAUUUAUAAGUAUACUUUCGCUGUUGUAACUUGUAGUAGGUAAUAAGUUAUUACCAGACGCCGCACCAUAUAUGGUAAAGGCAGGGACGGCUCUCCAAGUUUUCUAUUCUAAAAUGCUACACGUGACGUGUGCAGCCCAUGGUUUGCACAGAGUAGCAGAACAGGUUAGAUCUCAUUUCAGUACAGUGGAUAAGUUAAUAGCAAGUGUUAAACAAGUAUUUAAAAAAGCUCCGAGUCGGUUACAAUUAUUUAAAAAUGAACUUCCUGGAGUAAAGUUGCCGCCAGAACCAGUUAUUACACGUUGGGGAACCUGGCUUAAUGCAGCUACCUAUUAUUUCGAGAAUAUACAAGCUGUUCGUCAUAUUAUUGGAUUACUCGACCAAGAAGAUGCGAUUAGUAUUCAAAAAGCAAAAAAAUGUUUAGACAACCCUAAUCUUGAAAAUAACUUGGCAUACAUUAAAUCAAAUUUUUCUAUUUUAUCUGUAGCCAUUGAUAAAUUGCAAGCGAAAAAUAUGUCCUUAGCUACAUCAUUAAAUAUUAUUGAAAAUAUCGAAGAAACACUGAAAACACUAAAUGGUGAACAUGGUAAACAUAUAUAUUUCAAAUUAAAAAACGUUUUAGAAAAAAAUAGUGGUUUGUCUAAAUUAAAACAUAUUUCAAAUAUCUUGGAUGGCGAAGAAAAUACAAAUAUUGGUGAAUUACUUGGUGAACUUACAUGUAGCGAUAUUGUAUAUUUCAAAUAUGCACCAAUUGUAUCAGUGGACGUCGAACGUUCAUUUUCAACGUACAAGACUUUGUUGGCAGACAACCGCCGUAAAUUCAAAUUCGAUAAUCUGGCCAAGCAUUUAAUAAUUCAAUGUAACACUCAAGACCUUCAGGAUUCUGACCAGAGUGACUAAACUAUACGUAUACCUAAUAAUUUCUAAUUUGUAAGUGAUAUCACCUAUUGAUUAAUUAAUAAAUUUGCUUUUUUUUUAUAUUUUGUUGUUUGCAUAUU